AUGGCAAGUGGCCGAAUCAAUUUAACCCCAAUGGCGCCAGUUGAUCCCUUGGCAGAUCCAAGUUCUCUCAGCCAAGAAUGGAAAACGUGGAAACGACGAUUUGAAACAUAUCUUGUGGCUCUAAAUGUAACGAAGAAAAAACAAAAGCAACCUCUCUUGCUGUACCAAGCUGGCCAAGAGACUCAGGAUAUUUUUGACAUCUUUGCUGAAAUCAGAGAAGAUGACGAUUAUGAUUUCGCCAUUGCUGCCCCUGAUACGUAUUUUUCACCUCAAAAACACAUCGAUUUUGACAUCUUUAAGUUUUGUGAAGCCAAACAACAAUCCCAUGAAACCAUAGAUCAAUUUUCAACUUGUCUUCGGAAAAUGGCAACAAACUGUGACUUUGCAAAUAUUGAUAAAGAAGUGAAAUCGGCCAAAACUCAAAACUGUUCAUCGACAUGUUUACGACGCUAUGCCCUUCUCGAUUCAGAGGUUACCUUAGCCAAGAUUCUCGCUAAAGGCAGAGCUUUCAAACUUAGUGAAUCACCAGCAGCCGGCAUUGAAAACGCACUGGAAUCAAUACAUAUUUCUGACGAAGUAGCUGAGGCCGUGCAUCCUCAAGAGACAGCCAACCAAAGUAAUCAUGAUCAACAAUCAACAUUGUUUCAUCAUCAAGAUUUUCACACUUCAUCACAGUGUCGAAAUUGUGGGGGGCUCUGGCCCCAUAACAACAAUAUUUGUCCAGCAAAGGGAAAAUCCUGUUUGAACCGUGGAAAAACUAAUCAUUUUGCCAAAGUCUGCUGUAGUGCCCGCAAGCCUCGUAUAAGUCAAUGA